AUGGGACGGUACGAUGCAGAGGCAAUGACUGCAAAACCGAAUUUCCACAGCCGUAGCGUCUUUGCGGAAAAUUUGAUCGCUGUAGAACCGCAAACUCGAAGCAGUUUCAUUUACCAUAUAGAAUGCAAUGUUUACAAGAUUAUGAAACGCGAUAUCGCUAGAUUCGACACGAGCGAUUAUCCGGCGGACAACACGUAUGAUGUGCCUCUCGCGAACAAAAAAGUACCCGGUCUGAUGAAGGAUGAAAAUAACGGUGCGAUAAUGAUUGAAUUGGUCUCAGAGCGAAGAUGUACGCGAAGGAUAUUCUUCACGACAAAUAUCUUCGAAAAGAUUUCUCAGACUACAGUUGUGAGGACGUUAAGAAGAAAGCAAGAAACCGGGUUAAACACUAGUCACCAUUGUUCUGGAAGUCCCAGAGUAACUCAAAAAGUGAAGAUAAGUUCAUCUGUGUUCAAAGUGAAAACAUUUUUAAACCUACAACAACAGGCAGCAGAAGUAAUGGCAGCAGUUGCCAUUUGGGAAUUGGAAUUGAAUGAUGUUGAGUUGGAGCUAGGAAAUGUUAAUAAACACGAAAAGUUAUGUAUAAAAGAAAUUGAUCCUUUAUACAAAUGGAAAAAUUUUACUCCCAAAGUUAUCGUGGCUCGUGACAUAGUACGACGACCAUCGGCACUUACCGUUGAUUCCUGGAGAGAUAACAUUAUUAUAGCCUGUCCGGGAUCAGGACGGAUUGUCAUUCUCAACAGGAAAUUUAAACUUGUACGGAAGAUUCGUCAUCAGGAGAUGAUAGCACCUCAAGGAGUAGCCUUCCUGCAAAAACACGAUGAAAUAUAUGUGACAGAUAAAUGGAAGCACUGCAUUUUCGUGUUCAAUCACAAAGGUGAACUUGUUUAUCGCAUGUGCAAUAAAGGUUACGGAAAAUCAGAGUUGUGUUCGCCGGAAGGUAUCACAUUUCAUCCGGAACGCAGUGUGCUUUACGUCGCUGAUACUGGAAAUAAUCGUAUCCAGAUUCUUGAGAAGGAUGGCACAUAUUUGAAUAGCAUCGGACCCAAAAAUAAAAACACAGGAGACAAUGUCAGAUUCCGUAAAACUGGCCCAAGCAAAUUGAAUCAACCGACUGAUGUAGCUGUCACAAUAAUGCAUAUUGUCGUUGCCGAUUCCGGUAAUCAUAAAAUAAAGAUAUUCAAUCAUGAUGGACAAAUUCUUCAGUCGAUUGGUGGCAUUGGAACAACAAAGGGUUUAUUUAGAUCACCUGAAGUACUGAAGAUUGAUGAUAAAGGAUAUAUCAUUGUUGGUGACGCUGGAAAUGGAAGAGUACAAAUUUUCUCUCCAGAAGGUAAAUUUCUACGGAUGUUAGGUGACAAAAAAACGCAAGGACAUAAAUUUGCAUGGGUAUCUGGUUUGUUAGUGACAAAUAAUUAUAAUAUUUUGGUCUCUGAUAGCAAGAAUAAUUUUGUUUAUUUAUUUUAAUAUUAUACUCUAAUGUAAAAAUUUAAUAAAGAGACAUGCAAGUUCCCACCUUCGACAAGCUUUUUUAAUAAACUUUAGAUAUCAAAAUGAAAAA